CUAAAUUCUUUCAGCCAUCAGCCAUCACGUCACAGUUGAUUCGGAUCUUGAUUCCGAGAUUGCCGAUAAAGUUGAACAUUUCCGAGAUCUUCAAGCUGUCGUGAGUCUAGUGGGCACUUACCAAGACAAGUUAGAAAUUCAAGCCAAGGCAGAAGUUGUUCAGGCAAAGCUCAAGGGGGAUUAUCCGGGUCUUGACGAAAACACCCUGAGAGCUGCAAUACAGCUGAUUCUGGAGGUGCAGCAAGAAGUCGAAUCUGAGCAGAAGGUGGAGGAGAUCUUUUCCGAAUUAGAGGCAGAGGUUGGCAAGCAACUUGAAUUACAUUCCUUUUCAAAAGACCUGGUGAAAGCAAAGUCUACCACUGAAAAACAGCAGAGAAACCAACCACACCACAAGAGGAUACCGAAUUGCAAGUGCAAGUUCUCGAGAAAACUCUUCCUCCUGAAAUCGAAAAGAAAUUGAAACAGAGCACACCCAAAGCUAUUCAACUUUUGCUCCAGAUGAAGCAAUGUAACGAAACCCUCUCCAAGCUAGCAAGUGCAGUUGAUAAGUUGAGCACCGAUUCUGCCAUUCAAGCCAACACUAAAAAGCUGUUGCAGAAAAAAGUUCAAGAGAAGCACGAAGCUUUAUCCACCAUUACCUCAAAAUUUGGUGAAGUCAUCAGCCACCCAGAUGAUAAUCAAUUCUUCUCCGUUGAUAAUUUCAAUGGCAAAGAUACUGACAUUGAUCCGAUUCGUGAACACCUUCAAACAGUGUUUGACUCACGUUUCAAAGCUGCCAAACUCCCGAUUCGCCCAGUACAGCUCCUUUUUGGUGUCAUUCUGAGAAAAGAAUUUGAAAUUGCGACGAUGGAAGAGUGUAUUCAGAUCGGCAAAGCAUUGCAGAUGGAUGAAGAGGAGGUGAAGUUCACUAUUUGGUAUUUGCACCAGUGUGUGGGGGCCCUUCUCUACUACCCUGACAUCAAGGACAAGGAGUCUUACUUCAAAAACCGUGUCAUCUGCAGCCCCAAUGUUGUCUUCAACAGCAUCAGUCUCCUUUUUGUCGAAUCUCUUCUAUCUCUACACUCAUGUGAUAGGAAGUAUCGUUUCACCGCUGACGAGAUCAAUAAGUGGCAAGAAUUCGGGCAAUUCUCGAUUGCUACGAUUAAACUCUGCUGUUCCAAGUCAAACGAGACAAAAGUGAAAGAAGGUGAAUUGAUCCCGGUCGACAAGCUUGUGAAGUUGCUUGAGCAUGUCAGUCUCCUUGCACCCAUAGUUGGUAAAGGUCCCCAGCCAGUCUACUUCAUGCCAGCUAUCCUCGAGUGUGCCUCAAAGGAAGAGCUUUUAAAUACUCCAGCCAUCGACUCCAACACACCCUCUCCAAUCAAGAUCACCUUCGAGUCUGGCUAUGUGCCCAUUGGUGUCUUCUGUGCCAUGAUCAGCAAAUUGGUUUCCGAGGGACAAAAAUGAAUUUUGGGGCUGAAAUGGAAUCUGCGAGAAUCUCGUGUCAUGAGAAAUCUGGUCUCUUUCAAUGUCAAUAGUGCCAAACACCACAUCACGCUGGUAGCCCACGCCGACUGUUACGAGAUUCGAAUCACCAAAAAAGAUGAUUGCGACAUGCAUGAUCUCUGCUCCUAUGUGCUGACUACCGUCCUGUAUGUGAUGAGUGGAAUUAGCAAAAAGAUCGAGCCGAUUAUUGCAUUCAAUUGUCAGUGCCCAAAGCAUCAGAACGCUGAAGGAACGAGUUUGUGCAAGUUGAUGGAGGGCCGCAGUCCUUUCUUUCAGUGUGGGGAUGAUCGUGUUCUCUGCCACCACAUCAGGAAUGUUGGUUUGCAAAGGAAGUUAAAUUGAAUGAGGCAGCUGUUCUGAAAGCCCUGCCAUUUGCUGACCCUGAUGACCUCUCCUUCAAGUGGACCAGGAAAGGCAAUAAGGUGACGGGUGGAUCAGAUAACGAGCUCACUGUGGACAAAGUGACGAGGGAUCAUUGCGAUGGGUUCUACACUUGUGAAGUAUCCAAGAACAAGCAGCUCUGCUUCAAAGUGUACCACUGCUUGAGAAGUAUCAGUGAGGCCACAGCUACAGGUGGUGACUUAACUCUCAAGACUGUCAAAGAUGCUACUUGGGAUGCUCGUGCAAAGUGGUACCACCUGGCCAUUAACUUGGAUGUGGACAGUGGAACUAUUGAUAGUAUACGAGUGUCUCACAACGAUCGUGUGGACGAGUGUUUUGUUGCAAUGCUGGAGGCGUGGUUCAAGAAGGGAUCUCCGAGCUGGUCGGUCAUGGUGGAGGCUUUGAGAGGCCGUGGGGUUGAGGGAGGGACCCUAGCC